AUGCAGUUUAUGCUUUAUUUCAGUCUGGCAACAAGGGACAGUUGCCAUAUUCUAGACAGUCCAUCAUAUCCUCUAUUGUCUAAAGAUGGAGAUGUAAUAAUUGGAGGUCUAUUUUCUAUACAUGGUGAUAUAAAACUUCUUUCUUUGCCAUAUACUAAAAAACCUGAUCCUCUCAUAUGCACUAGCUUUAACCUUAGAGAGUUUCGAUUUGCUCAGACCAUGACUUUUGUAAUUGAUGAAAUCAACAGAAGCAGCAGUUUGCUCCCAAAUAUUUCAAUUGGUUACAGGAUUUAUGAUAAUUGUGGCUCAAGAUUGUUAUCUAUGAAGGCAGCCAUGGCUUUGAUGAACGGUCAGGACACAACAGCGGAUGAUUCUUGCACUGGACAUGCAGUAGUACAAGCCAUCAUAGGGGAGUCAGAGUCUUCUCCUACCGUAGUACUCACAAAAACUACAGGGCCUUUUCACAUCCCAGUGAUAAGUCAUGCUGCUACAUGUGAAUGUCUAAGCAACAGAAAAGAGUACCCCUCUUUCUUUAGGACCAUAGCGAGUGACUACUACCAGAGUAGAGCGCUGGCAUAUUUGGUCAAGCACUUUGGCUGGUCUUGGGUCGGAGCAGUGAACAGUGAUAAUGACUAUGGAAACAGUGGAAUGGCCAUUUUUCUAAAUGCAGCCAAAGAGGAGGGAAUAUGUGUUGAGUACUCUGAGAAGUUUGAACGGUCAGAUACUGCAAAACUCUUAAAAGUGGUGGACAUCAUUACUAAGGGCACAGCUAAAGUAAUUAUUGUAUUUCUUGGCCAUGUUGAGAUGAAUGUCCUAGUAGAAGAGCUUAUUCUGAGGAAUGUCACUGGCUACCAGAUGAUUGGUGUUGAGGCUUGGAUUACUGCAGUCAAUCUAGUAACACCAACAAGUUACAAUCUACUGAUCGGAUCCAUGGGAUUUGAUGUGGGAAAACUGAACAUUAAUAGUUUUACUGAGUAUGUUGUUAAGGAAUUUUGGCAAACAGAUUUUCCAUGCUUGAAUAUAGAGGGAAACAUUCAUCAAACUAAUAACUACUGCAGCAGAUAUGAGGAAAUACUUCCUUUUAAAAACUACAAUGAGGAUAUAGCAGAAUUGAGAUAUGCAAAUAACAUCUACAAUGCAGUUUAUGCUGUGGCUCAUUCUCUACACAGCCUGAUGAGAUGCACAGAAAUAAAUAAUUGUGAGAAAGGCAAGACACUAAAAUCGUGGGAGGUUGUUGAGUCACUGAAAAAGGUAAAUUUUAAAACCAAAACUGGAGAACAGGUUUGGUUUGACCGCACUGGGGCAACUGCUGCAAAAUAUGAUGUAGUGAACUGGCAACGAGGCUUUGACGGAGAAGUAAAGUUUAUGGUUGUGGGGUAUUAUGAUGCCUCUCUGCCGACUGGGCAGCAAUUUGUCUUAAAUGUUAACAACAUAAGUUGGGCUGGAGGGAAAGUAGAGAAGCCAAGGUCUGUGUGCAGUGAGAGCUGUCCUCCAGGAACCAGAAAAGCUGUUCAGAAAGGGCGGCCUGUCUGCUGUUAUGACUGUAUACCAUGUGCUGAGGGAGAGAUCAGUAACCAGACAGAUUCAUAUAACUGUGAGCAGUGUCCAGGAGAAUAUUGGUCUAAUAAUGGAAGGGACAAAUGUGUGUUAAAGGUUAUAGAGUUUCUUUCAUUUACAGAGGUGAUGGGAAUAAUACUGGUAUUUUUUUCAGUGUUUGGAGCCACAUUAACUGUGUUAGUUGCUAUUUUAUUUUUAAUUAAAAAAGACACUCCGAUCGUUAGGGCCAAUAACUCUGAGCUGAGCUUCCUGCUCCUGUUCUCCCUGACUCUGUGUUUCCUCUGUUCACUGACUUUUAUUGGUCGGCCUUCUAAGUGGUCCUGUAUGUUGCGUCACACUGCAUUUGGAAUCACCUUUGUACUCUGUAUCUCCUGUGUUUUGGGGAAAACAGUAGUUGUACUAAUGGCCUUCAGGGCUACACUUCCAGGCAGUAAUGUCAUGAAAUGGUUUGGGCCUCUACAGCAGAGACUCAGUGUUAUUGCGUUCACGCUUAUACAGGUCCUUAUUUGUGUGCUUUGGUUAACAGUUUCACCUCCUUUUCCUUACAAAAACAUGAAUUACUACAAGGAAAAAAUCAUAUUAGAAUGUAAUCUGGGCUCAGCUAUAGGUUUCUGGGCUGUACUGGGUUAUAUCGGGGUUCUGGCUUUCUUGUGCUUUGUUUUAGCUUUUCUAGCGAGAAAGCUGCCAGACAAUUUUAAUGAAGCUAAAUACAUUACAUUCAGCAUACUUAUAUUCUGUGCUGUGUGGAUCACCUUUAUUCCAGCUUAUGUCAGCUCUCCUGGAAAAUUUACUGUAGCUGUGGAGAUAUUUGCUAUUUUGGCCUCAAGCUUUGCUUUACUAUUCUGUAUAUUCGCACCAAAAUGUUAUAUUAUUCUUUUUAAACCUGAACUGAACACAAAGAAAAGUGUAAUGGGGAAAGUGGCAUCUAAAUCUCUUUAA